AUGUCUUUGCAUGAUGAUCAUUGGGAGGAAAUAAUUCCUAACAAUAAUAACAAUACUCAUGAUGAUAAGAAUGAAGGUUGGAAUUCAAUUCCUGACGAAUUGUGGAUUGAAAUAUUUUCGUUUCAUUGUGAUUCGUUCCGAUCAGUGUUGAUCGAUAUUCCAUCUAUAUCUCGGAGGUUUUGCGAUUUGAUUUCUCCACCCAAGUUGGAUCAUUUGAUGAUGGCUUUUCAAAAGUGUCAUGAACAACAUCAGGAUUUGAAGAAUUCUUCUUCCUCUUCGGAUGAAAGUAGUAAUGGUAAUGCUCCAACAGAGAAAGUUAGUGGUUGGAGAAAGUUUUUCAGUUUUGUAAAGAAGAAAUCAAGUAAUAAUACUGUAAAUGAUGAGAAGAAUGUUGAUUUGGUUUCUCCUCCAAUGGAAAAUGUAAAUUCUAACGAGGAUGAAGUUCAGGAAAUGAUUAAGCAAUUAGAAAAAGAUUUUAAAGAAAUGAGUUUGGAAUGUGUAAAUACGGGUGGUGAUUUAUUGUACAAAAGAUUAUUGGAAUUACAAGAACUGAUCGAUUUUAAAGAGCUUGUUUUGAAACAUGGCUCGUUCAGGUCGGCUUUUGUACAAUCUGUCAUUGACGGUAUAAAAUUGAAUCCAGAGAAGUGUUUCAGAAGAGAAAUGAUCUAUCACGCUUCACAUAUUUUUAAAACUGAAGAAGAUUAUCAUUCAUUUAUUAGUAGCCACGAAGGAGAAAUAGAGAUGCAGAAGCACCAAUCAGAAAGUUGUGGAACAACCAUAUUGAUGACCGAUGAUUACUCUAGCUCAAGUGCUGGUAUCAAUUUAAUUUCAAAUCCAAUAUUUUAUGAUACUGGCGUUAAAUUUUACGAGUUUAGAGUGCACAAAAGUGGAAGAUAUGAUAAUUAUCUUAUUGGUCUGUGCCUCACUGAGGUAUUGGAAUUGGAUAGCAUGUUAAAGAAGACAUAUGAGCAAACUGACAAUUUAUCUUCUAGAUUUUUACUGGAAGAAGGGAAAACUUACGACCUCAAAUAUUAUGAUUAUUUUGGUUCCUCUAAUUCAAUCGGUUGGGCCUAUUAUAAUGAAGGAUUGUCUGUUUACUUUAAUGGGGGAUCUAAUUAUUCGGCACCCUCCUUCAGUUCCAAACUCUCAUAUCCAUGCGACUAUAAAGGUUGUGAGUAUGUUUUGGGAAUUUAUUUAGAUACUAAGAAUAUGAGAUUAGUAUUUGCAAAGAAUGGAGCAUUAAGUACUCAUGGAUAUGAUUUAAAUGCAUACUUUACAAAGCAUCCAAAAUUUAUGCAAAAAAAGCUUGCUCUUUAUCCAUGUCUUUCUAUGGGACACAAAUUUGAUGCUGUAACAUUUGAGACACGAAUUCCUCUGGCAACUAUGGUCACCAUUAGGAAUUUGGUUAAAUCAGUGAAAUUCAAUUAA